AAUUAAUCGGUGUUCCAGCUCACGGUAAUUAGUUGACUGCAUCGACCUUUAUCAUCUUCAAAAGAAUCAAAGCCUCCUGCGCGAUCUCUCUCUCAUGUACCAUUUCAAUAAUGACGGUCACAACUUUGCGAUCCCCACUACCAUCUCUGUAUUCAGAUACCAAAAUCCAUAAUCGAAAGUCUGUCACCGCCACACAAUUCUACCAACGACGCCUUAAAAUCCCUCUUCACGCCUGUUACAGCAACACCAAUAGCAAAAAUAAUAAAAAGUUCCAAGCAAUUGACUUGCAGGAGCUCAUUCAAGACUCCACUUGCGAAUUUGAUUCCAAAGAUUCUACCGCUUCACUUCCGAGGCCUUUAACAUCUGACCAAUUGUCUAAUUUGACGUCUGAAGGGUCUCGUCUCCGUGUUGCUUACCAGGGGGUUCGAGGUGCAUAUAGCGAGUUUGCAGCAGAAAAGGCAUACCCAAACUGUGAACCAGUUCCAUGUGAACAGUUUGAUACAGCAUUUGAGGUGAGUUGUGGAACACUGCCUGUCUAGAUUAAAGUACCGAUACAUGAUAAUUUCUCGAUAGAAAUGUAGCCUCUCUUAUGCUGUUUAUGUACUCGACAUCAUUGCUAAAUUGGAUAGUCUUCGGUUCUAUCAUUGCAUUUUGAUAAAGUUUAUGUUCAAUUUGGUAUUUUUCUUAUUA